UCCUCCGACACACACUCCGCCAUGGGAAUGUUACCGUGGCUAGACCAGCCGGUCAUGCUGCACUCUGACCGUGACCCUGGGAUGUGUAUGAUGACUGCCGAGCAAUGUGCUUAUAAGACGGCAUACUGGAGGAACUGGUAUCAAGCAGACCACCGCUUCUCGUUACCAACCGUCGCAUUUUUCAUGGUCGCCAUUGGCCUCUUCACAAUCGCCCACAUCUUGACCCUCAUCUUCCCAAGAAGCUUCCAACGAAACCCAGUCUGGUCACGCCUAGUGGCCUUGUCUCGGUUCCUAUCCUACAAAAGCUGGAGGGUUGCGGGAUGGAACACAAAUUCACUUGGCGUUUUUCUCCUCGGAGGUGCAGGUCUCGUCUUUUUCCUAUCAAUGACUCUCGGACCAAAGCCUUAUUACUGGCCUAAUACCAAGGAGAUCAGCUAUGGUGGCUCUCCUCCAAUUGCUACCCGCAGUGGCUUCAUGGCCCUUGCCUGCAUGCCAUUCUUGAUCGUUCUCGGUGCGAAGGCGAACCCGAUCACAGCCUUGACUGGCGUCUCUCACGAGAAACUGAACAUCUGGCACAACUGGGUUGCCUGGGCAAUGUUUGUUCUUGCCUUGAUUCACACUUUCCCAUUCAUUGUGGUUCAUGUUCGCCAGGGUGAUCUCCCUGCGCAGUGGAAUAGUGGCGGUGUCUGGGUGACUGGAGUUGUUGCCAUCAUCGCUCAAGCUUGGCUCACUUUCAUGUCGAUUCCUUGGAUUCGCAAUCGCUACUACGAAUUCUUCAAAUCAACACACCUCUUCAUGGCCCUAGUUUUCGUCAUUUUCUUCUUCUUCCACUGCGACUUCCGAAUGUCUUCAUGGGACUACUUCAUCGCCACCGCGGUAUUAUAUACCCUCUGCUGGUUAUACGCCCAGUGCAAAACUUAUUUCGAGCACGGCAUCCGAAACAAAGCUCGACUUAUCGCCGAAUCAAACGAUACCCUUCGCAUCACUAUCGAUACAACCAUGGAAUGGGGCCCUGGGCAACAUAUCUUCCUCCGAUUCUUGACGUGCGGUGCGCACGCUCUUACUGCGCACCCAUUCACCAUCUGCUCUGUUCCCCAGCCGGGUCGGAAAAACACACUGGUCUUCUACGUCAAGGCGCGUGGCGGAGUCACGGGUCGUCUUAUGGCCAUAGCUAGGAAGACGCCUGGUGCGCAGGUCCCAGUUCUGAUGGACGGGCCAUACGGUGGGAUUCAAGCCGGAAAGCUGGAGGACUUCGAUAAGAAUCUUAUUAUUGGCGGAGGUGCUGGUGCAGGUCUGACGCUGUCGAUGAUUGAGGACUUCAUUCGAUUUUCCAACACACAAGAAGAAAAGAGAGAGUUGAAGGUUAUUGUCGCAACGCGUGAUCCUGGCAUGCGUUCUUGGUAUACCCGUGCCCUUGAAAACAUCGCCGAACGACAGUCCCACGAGUCAUUUAUCCCGGGAUUGUCGAUCCACAUUCACGAGACCUUUAGUGGAAAUGCUGGCUCGGAGACCGAGAGCAAGGAACUGGAGGUAGAAGGGGGAACCAAAAGUCAGAGUGUGGAGUCUAAGGAAUGCAACCCACUCACAGCGGAGAUCUUUGGCGUCCAGGUUUACGCUGGACGCCCGGAUUUACCAGCAUCCAUGCGUCAGAUGGCAAGCCAAGAAGGUGUUUCUGUUGGCGUUGUCGUCUGUGGACCUUCAUCAAUGACUCACGAUGUUAAUCAGGCUGCCUCGGAAGUACAAGGCCAUAUUCUUGGGAGGAAAGCUGGCGCUGCCCGAGAGUUGUGGCUUCAUACAGAGAAUUUCUCUUAUUAA